UUGCGUGCGCGAGCUCGCAGACUCGGGCACGCACUCUGGGCGCGUUGUCCUCCUGUGCUGUGUUGAUGUGUCGCAGAUUUUUAAAAGUGAGGGAGGCAGGCAACUGGAGUUGUGAGUGAGGGAAGCGCAGAGACUCAGCGUCAGAGCAAGUGUUCACACCGGGAGCGAGCGGCGGCGUGACACUUUCCGGUUCUCAAUAACUAUUUUUAUUUCAACACCAGUUUGCGUCUUCUUUGGAGCGUGUGGAGCAGCGCGCGGCGAUGGAGCAGUCAUCUAUAGGGGACCAAGUGUUUGCUGUUGAGUCAAUAACAAAAAAGAGAGUGAGAAAGGGUAAUGUGGAGUAUCUACUGAAAUGGCAGGGAUGGUCCCCAAAGUACAGUACUUGGGAACCAGAGGACAAUAUUUUGGACCCGCGCCUCGUCCUGGCCUACGAAGAGCAUCAGGAGAAGAUCAGAGCUCUGGCCUAUCGCAGGAAAGGUCUCAGGCCCAGGAGGCUCGUCCUGCGGAACAUCUUUGCCAUGGACCUCCGAAGUGCUAACAAGGCCUCGGAGAAGCCCCCCCCUCGAUUGCGUCUGUCCCUCACCCGCUCCAUGAGUACAGAUGUGGACCAGGGCGAGCGGGGCAGCCUGUACCGUCGUCUAGCUAGGAGGAAGAGCAAGCAGAGGGUGUCUAAACGGGGGUCAGAGGGACCCUCAAACAACAGCAUCCUUCCACUGAGGAAGAUCGAGGAGCCCAUUGAGGAGGACUGGGGCGCCACCAGCGAAGAAAGCAACACUGAAGAGAGACAUGAAGACAGUUUAUAUGAGUGCAGCUCCCCGCCCUUGCUGGAGCGACAGGACUUAGAGAUGGAGGUGGAGGAGAAGCUGGACAUCGACCUGGCAGCGGUAAGCACAGAAAGAUGGACUGACGGAGCGGACGGGUGGACAUCUGACACGAGACAGAGCCAAAUGUUUGCGUGUGACCAAUCAAAAGACAGUGCUUCGGUGUCUGAGGCUCUACCAGAAGAUGCGGUUUCCGUGGGUGACAGGUCAGAUUGGGACAAAAGCGAGGAAGGUGUGGAGUGUCCCAGAUUACAGAGCCGUAAUUGUCAGAGCAACAACACAACCUCGACGAUAGCGAGCCUUCAGGGGAGCAGCGGCACGGCAGGUGACUACUUCACUACUGAGGAGGCGACAAAUGAGGAAGCGAGUGGCAACAAUCAGAGCAAAACCGGGACAUCGCCGGGCAGCCAGGCUGAUCCCGCCGCAGAAGAACAUCCUAUGAAGGUGAUUUCUACAGACGUGACUAUUAACUCUCUGACGGUGACUUUUAAAGAAGCGACGGUGGCUGAAGGCUUCUUUAAGGGCUAUUGAAUGAUGAGAAAGAUCAUAAAUAACCACAAUUAGACUUGCCACUCAUUUUGUACAUGUAAAUAGCUGUGUUUGUUAGUUAAUUCCACACGUUUACAACGCUACACUCAUUUCCUACUGAGUUCACUGAAGACAUUGUUGCCUUUGAAUAUAAAAAUGAGUGGUAAUUCUAUCAUUGUGACUCAUUUAUUAGGCGUCCAUUGCAAUCCAGAGGACUAAAUGGAUCUAAGUGGGAGGUUACAUUCCAGGGGUCACUGAGAGCGGGAGACAGAUGAUGAGACAGUAAACCUAACAGUCCACAAUACUACUUCCAUGCAGCUACUUUUUCCAGGCGUCCUUAGUGCUUUCCAGCCAGACAUCGGUCAAACACUCAAAUCUGUUCUUGGGGCCUGUUUCAGUCGCUCCUUUUUCUUACGAAUAAUGUUUUGUAAAGAUAUGCUCUUUUUUUCCAGUAUUCACACAGAGAUAACUGCAUGCCCUGUCAGUCUGUGCCACACAUGCACAAAGCCCUGUCCUGUGGUUUGUUUAAGAGGUUUAUUUCUGUCACAAAAGAAAUAAAACAAAGGAUGAAUGUCUGCCGCUUAGAUGAAGUUCUGCAUUUCAAGGAGGCUGGAUGCACAAAAAGAAGUACACAGUUGUGUUUGUUAUCUGUCUGUCCUUUUACUUUUCAAGCAUGAAAUGCUUCCUGGUUCUAUUUUUGUAUUACCAAUUGAUAGUCCACUCUUCACUAGCCUUUGUGCAUUUCAAAAGAGGAGAUAUCAGUUUACUCCGCCGCUGCUCUGCUGUGUACAAAUGGAACGUACGUUAGGUCCGACUGUAGUGAGCUAUUAUUUAUUGCAUGUCACGUGUAUAAGCUAAAUUAACUUAUGUCACUUAUAUGUGUCUUGCUCUGACAAAGAAGCUGUCAAACAUACGUCUUCUCUCUACAAAUGUAUUUUUAUUUCGACAUUUCCAAUAAAUAUGUACUAAAAUAA